GAUGGCAAAUUUGACCAACCCACACUGCAAGUCAGUGGAAGAGGUCUUGAAAUUUUACCAGGUGACUCCCGAGCAAGGACUCUCCAGUACACAGGUGGAGGAGUACAGAGCCAAGUAUGGACCAAAUGCUCUUGAAGAACAAGAGAAAAAGACCAUGCUGGAGCUCAUUAUUGAACAGUUCGAGGACACCUUAGUGCGAAUCCUUUUGGCUUCGGCCAUGAUCUCCUUCUUGUUGGCAUUCUUCGAUGAAAAGUCCAAGGAGGAAGGAUUAAAGGCCUAUGUGGAGCCCUUUGUCAUUUUGACCAUUUUGAUCCUCAAUGCAAUCAUUGCCAUUUGGCAGGAUUCGAAAGCCGAGAAGGCCUUGGACGCCUUGAAAAAGCUGGCUCCGGAGUGUGCCAUGGUCUUAAGGAAUGGUAGCUGGCAGAGCAUCGAUGCAGAAGAUGUGGUGCCAGGUGACAUUCUCGAGGUGCGCGUGGGUGAUAAGGUCCCCGCGGACGCACGUGUGAUGCAGCUGAAGACCACGACCAUCAAAAUCGAGCAGUCCCAGCUGACGGGCGAAUCGCAGAGCGUCACCAAGGAGGUGGCGCCGUUGCGCGAGAGCGAGGGGAAGACCUGGGUCAUCCAGGAGAAGUACAACCUGCUCUUCUCCAGCACCACGGUCUCCAACGGUGCCUGUUUGGCCUGCGUGGUGGCGACUGGGAUGAGCACCGAGAUCGGCAAGAUCCAGGCGGCCGUCACCAAGGCUGGCGAGGACGAAGAGCAAACGCCCCUGCAGCAGAAGUUAGAUGAGUUCGGUAAUUUGUUGGCGAAGAUGAUUGGCGUUAUUUGCCUCUUAGUGUGGAUGAUCAACUACAAGCACUUUUUCGAUCCAGUGCAUGGCUCGGUAUUGAAGGGAUGCAUCUACUACUUCAAAAUUGCAGUGGCCCUGGCGGUGGCCGCCAUCCCCGAGGGCCUGCCGGCGGUGAUCACCACCUGCCUGGCGCUGGGCACGCGACAGAUGGCCAAGCGCAACGCCAUUGUGCGGAAGCUGCCCUCGGUGGAGACCUUAGGCUGCACCACGGUGAUUUGCUCCGACAAGACAGGCACCCUGACUACCAAUGAGAUGUGUGUGGUCAAGUUGGCCAUGCCUGUGGCGGCGGGCAGCAGCAUGAAGUCUUGGGACGUCGAGGGGCAUAACUACACCCCCGUGGGCCGCGUCAGCGGGCUCAGCAUUAACUGGACCCAGUCCUUAGCCCUGCAGUUUCUGGCGAAGAUUGGGUGCAUGUGCAACGAGUCCCGACUCUUGAUCGACGAUGAAGAGAAGUUCAUCCGAAAUGGAGAGCCAACUGAAGCCGCCAUCCGUGUGCUGGUGGAGAAGUUGGGCUGUCCUGAUGAAGCCGUCAAUCAGAGAUGCCUCCAAAAGGAGAAACGCUCCAAGGACGACGCGAUGGCCUUCAGCAAUUAUUGGAUGAAAGGCAUGCAGAAGCGUGCCGUCUUGGAGUUCAGCAGGGAUCGCAAAUCCAUGAGUGUUUUGUGGCACGACUCCAGCAGUGGCAGCAACGUGCUCUUCGCCAAGGGCGCCCCCGAGAUGUUGGUGAAGCGAUGUACGAAGAUCAUGAUGCCCGACGGAUCCGUAGAAGACUUGACGGACCAAUGGCGCGCGCAGAUUGAGAACGAACUCGAUCAGAUGGCACAGUCUGCCCUCCGCACCAUGGGCAUGGCGGUGAAGUCUAGUGACUUAGGCGACUUGCAAAGUUACGAUGGAUCUCACGACCAUCAAGGACACCACAUCUUAGCUGAGCCUUCCAACUUCAUCGAGGUUGAGCAAGAGAUGACUUUUGUUGGUAUGGUUGGCAUCUUGGACCCUCCACGACCAGAGUGCAAGCCAGCCAUUGAGGCCUGCCGUGUGGCUGGCAUCAGCGUGAUUAUGAUCACGGGUGACAACAAAACCACGGCCGAAGCCAUCAGUCAGAAGUUGGGCAUUUUGGCGCCUGCUGGCAGUCACAGUGAGAACUCCUUCACGGGGCAGGAGUUUGAGGCUUUGUCAGACGACCGAAAGGUGGAGGUUUUGAGGAAGAUUAUGGAGCGCCGCGACGUCGAGGGCGCGGUCUUCUCCAGGACUGAGCCCAAACACAAACAGCUCAUUGUAAAGAUUCUAAAGUCCUUGGACGAGAUCGCCGCCAUGACGGGUGAUGGUGUGAACGAUGCGCCUGCCUUGAAGCAGGCGGACAUCGGCAUUGCCAUGGGCAUUGCCGGCACUGAGGUGGCCAAGGAAGCCUCUGACAUGGUCUUGGCGGACGAUAACUUCACCAGCAUUGUGGCGGCGGUGGAGGAGGGCCGAUCCAUUUACAACAACAUGAAGGCCUUCAUCCGCUACAUGAUCUCUUCGAAUGUUGGUGAGGUGGCCGCAAUUUUCCUCACGGCAGCACUUGGGGUGCCGGAAGGCCUUACGCCAGUGCAGCUCCUCUGGGUGAACCUGGUGACUGAUGGUCCGCCAGCCACUGCCUUGGGCUUCAACCCACCUGAUUUGGACGUUAUGAGCAAGGCACCUCGCCGAAAAGACGAUCCCUUGAUUUCAGUGUGGUCCUACGUGCGCUACUUCGUGGUUGGCGCCUACGUGGGUUGCGCUGUAGUUGGCAUUUUCAUGUAUUGGUACAUCUUUGAUGUGGCGGAGGAUGCUCAUAGCUUGGUCUCUUUGGAGCAGCUUUUGACCUGGGGAAGCUGCCAAGACUGGCAAGGCUUCAGGGUCAACAACGUGGGUGGGAUCAGCUUUUCGUCUGACCCAUGUGCAUACUUCACAGACGGAAAGGCAAAAGCAUCCACACUUUCGUUGACAGUUUUGGUGGUGAUUGAGAUGCUCAAUGCCUUCAACGCGCUUUCCGAGGAUGGCUCACUAAUUCAGAUGCCUCCCUGGGCCAAUCCUUAUCUCAUCGUCGCUGCCACCAUUUCUAUCGGCAGCCAUUUCGUCAUUUUGUACAUCCCAGCCCUGGCCACCAUCUUUGGCGUGGUUCCCUUGACAAUGCACGACUGGAUGCUGGUCAUGGCCUUCAGUUUCCCCGUGAUUUUGAUCGACGAGAUCUUGAAGUUCAUCGGCAGAAGCACUGAAAAGGGUGCUGCAGCGGCUCUUGAAUAUUCUCUGUUGAAACAUAG